AUCUUAGCACAAGUUUCGGGCAGUUGGACAUUGAGUGUGGAGACCUCAGCUUUGUGCUACCAAGUUCCCAGACAUCUUCCAGCACGCAGACGUCUGGGUCCGCAAGUCUGUCUGACAACACAGAGAGGGGAUGGGCUGAAAGGAAAUGGCUGGUCAAUGAAUCACACCUACUUCAACUGUUCCAAACCUGUCCCAUGUGUAUGAGUUUGAUCACCGAGACCACAAUCACAAGCAAGGGCAGCCAAAUCAAAAUAAAGUGGAGCUGUGGUAAACACACUGGCGAAUGGCAAUCGUGCCCUGACAGGAGAGGCAUGGCGGAGAAUAAUCUUCUGGUCAGUGCAUCAGUUGUUUUCACAGGAGCCACAUAUACAGACAUCGCAGACUGGGCGAAUCUUCUCAACAUUUCUAUUCCAAAACCAACAUCAUUUUAUGACAUGCAAAGGAUAUACCUGCGGCCAGCCAUACAGUCUAUCUACCAAAAGGAACACAAUCAAAUAAUAUCCCGUCUUGCUGAAGAGUGCCAAUCAGGAAAGAGGCUUGAACUCGCUGGUGAUGGAAGGUGUGAUAGUCCAGGUUUCAGUGCGAAGUACAUGACCUACUCUUUCCAGAAUGACCUCACAAGGGAGAUUGUCCAUUUUGAGAUGGUUCAGGUGACAGAAGCCAGCAGCUCUGUGGCGAUGGAGGUGAUGGGGCUACAGAGAGGCCUUGGUGAGUUGCUGGGCUGUGGGCUGGACGUUGGCGUGCUCACCACCGACCGUUCACCAUCUGUUCGCAAACUGAUGAGGGAGGAACACCCCCAAAUUCAACAUGAGGUGGACCCCUGGCAUGUUGCAAAGGCUUUGCAUCAGCAGAUGGCUGUCUUUGCUGCACCACGUCCUUGGUGUUCAUCGAUGGGAACAAAAUGGUCUUGAACACACCUGCCAUCAGCCAUCCUUGUCCGAUGAUGAGCAAGAGAGAAAGAGGUGGUUAGCCCUCGAUUCACCUGCUUUCAACGCUCUACGGACCAUAGUGACCAACAAAAAUCUCCUCAACGACAUGAAGCAGAUGACCCUUUUCAAGCAUACAGGAACUCUGGAGGCAUUUCAUUCUGUGAUGCUGAAAUAUGUUCCGAAGAGACUGCAUUUUGGGUACGAUUCCAUGAGAGCACGCACACAGUUGGCAGUCCUGGACCAUAAUAAAAAUGUUGGCAGACAACAGGCUACCACUAAAGACGGUGAACUCCGUUGGAAGUACCCAUACUCAAGACAGUCUGGGGACUGGGUGUCAAAGCCCAUCUAUGAGAAGACUACACAGAGCUUCAGGAAGGACCUAAUGGAGCGCGUGCUGGAGAUGAGGGAUGACCCUACCAUCGUGUACACUGAGCGCUACAAGACCCCCCAUGGCAGAAGACUCCUCCAAAACAUCGCUCCAGUGCAGAGGCCUGAGAAAAGUCUAUUAGUGGCUCGACGAAGCAGCCGUUUUGGCAGUCACAGAACCAAGCCCUACUAGUCUAGCAAAGAUUUCUUGGAUAUGGCCUAAUGACGCCAUGGUAACAAGGCCACUUCAACUCAAGGACACUAUUUCUUAUUAUUUUCUUUGCUGUCAUUACGCCUACUGAAAGAUGUACCACAAUGACAUU